AUGGCUGACUGUGUGGUUUUUCACACUCAAAUAGCCUCCAUUAUGGAGGUGCUAGCGAAUGCAGCCGUGGCAAAUAUCUGUAAACUCGUAGACGACGACUAUGCAGUGUUUCGUUUGGAAAUAACUCAAAGCCAGAAAGAAAACAGGGGAUUGCGGAGGAAACUACAGAUAUUGGAACUGAAGGUGGCACGGGAGCGCGCAGAGAGGACAACGCGAGAGCGCGUCCUCGCCAGUCAUUCCAGUAGUGUCAAGAUACCCGACCGAUACAGAGGAAUGGCAAGAGGUGAAGGACAUCUCACUGGAGGCCACAAGAGCUUUGUGAAGCCAGCAGGACACAAUACAUGGAAAGAUGACCAAACAAUCACUGUUGAUGAGGGGAGUGGAACCUCAACCCAGCACGUUAUCAUCAUAGAGUCUGCAGAUGCAGAGGCUGCAUGUCCUGGGGUCAAGCUGGAGAGGUCUGAAAGAGAGGAGGACGCAUGGCACAGCAGAGACACCCAGACUCGAGUGGUGGUAGAGCCCCAUGUAGCCACAAAGGGCCCCCCCACCAUCGCCCCAGCACCGCCCAGGACCCGACACAGAAUCACGGAGGUCAGUGGAACGCAGAACGCCGUCCUCAAGUCAGAGACAGACACGGAUACUUUAACUGUAACACACAGACUCUUACACACAGGAUCUGACCACAGAUCAGACCCAGAGAGACUGGGGAAGGGGCCACUGCGCUAUCCUCCUGCUCCCGGCACAGAGUACUUACCGGUAUUUCACCAGAGCCAGAGGAUGGUUCAUUCCCGUGGAGAUGGUGAAACGUUAGACACUGGUGGUGAUGAUCCGUCUUGUUCGUACGCUACAGAAAUGGACCCUGGCAACAUAUCCUUGGGUUUAGAGACACAGACUGAUCUGCCUAGAGAAGACUGGAACCAGUACAAUAGUGGUGUAUACUCUGAAGGGCCUCUAGAUAAGAAAGGGGAGGGUCUUGUCGUAGAUGAGGUGACUGUCAAAGUGGAGGGCGACGCUCCUCUGACAUGGAAUGUAGACAAGACUCACUUAGGAGAAGGAUACUCACAAGGCAGAGAUUUCUUAGAUUACAGGGAAAGUUUGGAGACAAAUCCAAAUGUCACGACCCACUCUCCUUUACACACGGUCAGGGAUCGCGAGUCAGUGUCCACGUCGAUGGGACCUUCCGAUUCACACGACCACGUCCUUUUCGAUCAAGUAUUGAACUCAAAGGGCCAAAGGGCCAAGGGGAGGGAAAGGGGAGCAACAUCAGGCAAUAGUAAAGAGAAACGGUUCCUCUGCAUGUUCUGUAACAAAGGCUUCAGCUGCCUCCAGAAGGUGGAGAUCCACCAGAGGGUCCACACAGGGGAGAAACCCUACAGCUGUACGCAGUGUCAUAUGCGCUUCGCUGAGGCUGGCAACCUGAAGAGGCACCAGAGGGUCCACACAGGGGAGAAACCAUUUGGCUGUACCCAGUGUCACAUGCGUUUUGCCCAGGCUGGUCACCUGAAGAGACACCAGAGGGUCCACACAGGGGAGAAAUCCUACAGCUGACCCCAUUGUGAGAAGAGAUUCUCCUGGAAGAGACGGGAGCUACCACCAGCAGAAAAAACAUUCCACUCUAUAACAUAGAAAGCAACCAAUCCUCUCAGUAGCUUCUGAUGUUACGUUCAAACACUGCAUUAAAGACACCGAUUCAUUUUUAUUAUUGUCAUCAGAAAAUAUAAUUUGACAUAACGAGUGUGACAGAUUUCAAUGUUGAAUAUUGCUGGGUAGAAUAUUGCAUCCAGACAUUGUGUGAUAUACACUGAGUGCACAAAACCUUAACACCUGCUCUUUCCAUGACAUAGACUGACCAGAUGAAAGCUAUGAUCCCUUAUUGAUAUCACUUUUUAAAUCCACUUCAAUCAGUGUAGUUGAAGGGGGGAGACCGGUGGAAGGAUUUUUAAGCGUUAAGACAAUUGAGAAAUGGAUUGUGUAUGUGUGCCAUUUAGGGUGAAUUAUGAAAGACAAAAGAUUUAAGUGCUUUUGAAAGGGGUAUAGUAGUAGGUGCCAGACGCAUUGGCUUGUGUCAAGAACUGCAACGCUGUUGGAUUUUCAACGCUCAACACUUUUCAAUGUGUAUGAAGAAUGGUCCACCACCCAAAGGACAUCCAGCCACCUUUACAGAACUAUAAGAAGCAUUGGAGUCAACUUGGGCCAGCAUCCCUGUGGAAUGCUUUUGAUACCUUGUAGAGUCCAUACCCAAAUUGAGGCUGUUCUGAGGACACUGUGCACACACAACUCAAUAUUAGGAAGGUGUCUGUUUUGUACACUCAGUGUAUGAGGCAUAUAUAAGCCUAAAAAGUCUUAAGUAGUGUAUUUGAUUUUAAUAUGUAUUGACUCAGGUUUUGAAUACUUAUCUAAUUAAGAUAAAUUCAUUUUUUUUUUUUUUUCUUAAAAAAAGUCAAAUGUUAGAAUUUUUCUUCCACUUUGACAGAGUAUUUUGUGGUGAUCAUUGACACAAAAAAAUACAAUUAAAUCAAUUUAAUCCCACUUUGUAACACAACAACUGUGGAAAAAUUCCAGGGGUGUGAAUACUUUCUGAAGGCACUACUUCAUUUCUAGAAGGUGCUUUAUUGUGCUUGAACUUUCAAAUCAAAUGAAAGUUUAUUUGUCACGGGCAUCAAAUACAACAGGUGUAGACCUUACAGUGAAAUGCUUACUUACAGGCUCUAACCAAUGGUGCAAAAAAGGUAUUAGGUAAGUAAAGAAAUAAAACCACAUACAAGGUGACAUACAGACACCGGUUAGUCAGGCUGAUUGAGGUAGUAUGUACAUGUAGAUAUGGUUAAAGUGACUAUGCAUAUAUGAUGAACAGAGAGUAGCAGUAGCGUAAAAGAGGGGUUGGCAGGACACAAUGCAGAUAGCCCGGUUAGCCAAUGUGCGGGAGCACUGGUUGGUCGGCCUAAUUGAUGUAGUAUGUACAUGAAUGUAUAGUUAAAGUGACUAUGCAUAUAUGAUAUACAGAGUAGCAGCAGCGUAAAAAGAGGAUUUGGGGGGGCACACAAUGCAAAUAUUCCGGGUAAGUGAUUACCUGUUCAGGAGUCUUAUGGCUUGGGGGUAAAAACUGUUGAGAAGCCUUUUUGUCCAAGACUUGGCACUCCGGUACCGCUUGCCAGGUAGCAGUAGAGAGAACAGUCUGUGACUGGGGUGGCUGGGGUCUUUGACAAUUUUUAGGGCCUUCCUCUGACACCGCCUGGUGUAGAGGUCCUGGAUGGCAGGCAGCUUAGCCCCAGUGAUGUACUGGGCCUUACGCACUAUCCUCUAUAGUGCCUUGCGGUCAGAGGCCGAGCAAUUGCCGUACCAGGCAGUGAUGCAACCAGUCAGGAUGCUCUCGAUGUUGCAGCUGUAGAACCUUUUGAGGAUCUCAGGACCCAUGCCAAAUCUUUUUAUUUUCCUGAGGGAGAAUAGGCUAAAUGAUGUUCACAAAUGCCUAAUUUCAUUACUUCCAUUCAACUACUUAAUGUUUUCCCCCAAGACACUUGUAUUGAGAAAAUUAAUGCAGUUUGUCAAGCAGAUUUGUAGUGGAGACAUGUGCAUGUGGUGGUUUUCAUAUGGUGUAUUUCAAAUUAGUUUAUGUUUAAUAAAAACAAAAUGGGGCUUUUCAUUCUAA